UAUAUAUUUGCAUUAUGGAAACAAAUCUGCAGAAGCGACGUGAAAACAAGAAAUCGCUGCGAGUAAAGGUAAUCAGCCUUGGCAACGCAGAGGUCGGAAAGAGCUGUAUAAUAAAACGCUACUGUGAGAAGAGAUUUGUUGCAAAGUAUCUGGCCACAAUUGGAAUCGAUUAUGGAGUAACAAAAGUCCAAGUCCGAGAGAGAGAGAUCAAAGUGAACAUUUUCGACAUGGCAGGGCACCCCUUCUUCUAUGAGGUACGGAACGAGUUUUACAAGGACUCUCAGGGAGUCAUCCUGGUGUACGACGUCGGGCAGAAGGAGAGUUUCGACGCGCUAGACAUCUGGCUGGCCGAGAUGAAGCAGGAGAUUGGUUCCCACAGCAACAUGGAGAACAUUGUCUUCACUGUCUGUGCCAACAAGAUUGACCUCUCGAAGCGCCGUGUGGUGGACGAGAGUGAGGGACGGCUGUGGGCAGAGAGCCGGGGAUUCCAUUAUUUUGAGACGUCAGCACAGAGUGGAGAGGGAAUCAGUGAGAUGUUCCAGGCUUUCUUCUCUUCCGUCGCUGACAUGUGUGAGAACGGGGGGCGUCGUCCAGUGUCAGGGGUCAACGUGGGCUUCACGCGGGAGCAAGCCGACACCAUCCGCAGGAUCAGGAGCAGCAAGGACAGCUGGGACAUGCUAGGGGUCAAACCAGGGGCAACAAGGGAGGAAGUGAACAAGGCAUACAGGAAGCUGGCUGUGCUGCUACACCCUGAUAAGUGUGUGGCCCCAGGGAGUGAAGAUGCCUUCAAAGCUGUGGUGAAUGCCCGCACUGCACUGCUCAAGAACAUCAAAUAGGGUCUGACCCCAUUCCUUUCCCCAAGGAGAACCACUGACCCCUUUCUUGUCUGUUUUCAAACUCCAACCCCUGCCUCCUUACAAGAACCUCUUACAAAUCCCAUCAUCAACUCAAUGCUAAUAGGAUCUGAUUAUUUUCUUAUCAUUCAUACUCUACUGCUCAGAAUCACUCAGUUGGAACUUCUAGCUGGUCCCUUAACGUCUGAUCUGGUCCAAUAUGGCACUUGUUUUACUCUUGUCAAAACAUGAAUUAGCAAACCAACAACCACUAGCCCAGUCUGUGAUACACAGGAACAAUUAAUUGGGAGUGAUAUCUGAGUCACAACCCCAGUUCAAUUUCUUUCACAAAUGAACUAAAACACUGACUAAUUAAUUCCCUGUUCCAAAAUAAACACUGACCUUGUCCUCGAUGUAACCGAUGAGGGGGAUUAAGCAGAAAACUAAUAUGUAAAUCUAACUACAUAUUGAGUAUAUCCACUCCUCACACAUUUCCAUACCUCCUUAAAUCAAGAGGUUGGUGUAGUUUGUAAAGCAUCAAAAACAGAAUUGCUCAUGUGGUUUGACUACCAAAAGCCUCAUGUUUGGCGAUGGGUUUGGACUGAAAUGUUGAGCUGUUCUGUAGGUCAGCUUGGUCAAAGUGUUCUAUUCCCAGCAGAAUUGCCAUAAUCUGUGCUUCAGUGCAGGUAUUGCAUUUUCCAAAAGAGGGACUGUGAUGAGGCAAGGGGGCAAGUAUGUGGCAUCCUGUGUGGUAUUGCAUGAGGCAGGUGAUCUGGAUUAAGCAGGCCAAUGACUGAGUAGGGGUGAGGUGAGAUCUUGGUACAGUAUUUCAUCACUGUUGCUCUAUUUAGCCAUUUCCACACAAAUAACAUUUGACAAUCAUUUAGUGUUACUGUUGCAACCUGUGGACUGUUUUUUUUUUUUUGCUACUUUUGAAUUGCACAUGUUUAUAAAAGAACAGCAGUUUAUCUGUAACUAAGGUAAAACUAUGAUAAACUAAGUUGUGCAGAUGUUUCAGCUGAUUUAUACUGAUAUACCAUAGUUUUGCCUUAAAGUGGUUUGUAAUCAGGUCAGGCUGAUUUGGAGUAGUGGUUAGAGCUCAGAGGAAAAAGAUUUGAGUCCACUAUGAAAACUGAAUAGUCUGUUUUCAUGUUAAUUUAUCAUUCUUAAUGUUGAGAAUUUCAAAUCUCUUACAGGUAAGGCCAUUUCUUAAUUACAAUUUUUGUUUACUAAAAAUGUUUGUCUAAUUAUACCUGUAUUUUACCUAAAAUGUAUUUGAUAUCAUUAUUACUAUAAUUAUAACUUUUUUUUUUGGAUGAUAUUCCUUAGACUAAACAGUGGAGGCUCACUACUUUCUAGUCUUGGAUCUGAACGCUAGGCUAGUCUGCCUGCCUACAGUUCAUUUGCCAGUCUAACUGCUUGACCAGUUUGCUUUCCACAAACAUGCCCCAGGAUUACAACAUUGUUAACUUAAAAAUUGAUGUAUUAAUAUAUUUAUUUAUAUAUAUAAAAAACAUUCACUUGUGGAUUUGAAUUGCAGUGUGUGUGUUUUUUACUUCCUUGUGUAUAACUGGUAUUGGUAUAAAAGUGGACUUGCAUGUUUUUUUGUUUUUUUUUUGAAUAAAAAAUGGAGAAUA